AUGAUCUCGAUCGCUCGCCCGACCGUCCUUCGGGCAACUCGGUCCAUAUACCCCUCCGCCGCAAGCACCCUAGCCCGUUCCCGAUUACUCUCUACCCUCGCGAUCCUCGAACACAAAGAUGGGAAAGUAGCCGGCUCUUCUCUCUCGGCUAUCGCUGCUGCCAUCAAGCUUGGUGGCCCCGUCACCGGCUUUGUGGCUGGCAAGGGCGUCAAGGCCGGUGUCGCUGCUGAAGUUGCGAAGGUGGAGGGUGUGGAGGACGUUCUUACGGUUGAAAACGAGGCAUACGAUAAGGGCCUACCGGAGAACUACGCACCACUAUUAGUCGAGAACAUCAAAAAGGGCGGCUUCACACAUGUCGUUGCAAGCCACUCGGCCUUUGGCAAGAAUGUCCUGCCCCGUGUUGCAGCUAUGAUGGAUGCUCAGCCCGUUUCAGACGUUACCGCCAUCGAGGGAGAGGACAAAUUCACCCGCCCCAUCUUCGCCGGCAAUGCAGUUCUAACAGUCCAAUCGACCGACCCCAUCAAAUUUUUCACCGUCCGCGGCACCGCUUUCCAACCAGGAUCAUCAACAGGCGGCUCAGCCAAAAUAACAGAUGGCGUCGACCCCGCAACCCCGUCAACCACAAAAUGGCUCUCCGAAGACCUCACCACUUCUGAACGGCCCGAUCUCUCCACCGCCGAGCGUGUCGUGUCCGGUGGCCGCGGUCUGAAAUCAAAGGAAGAGUUCGACCGUAUCAUGACUCCCCUCGCUGACGCCCUUGGUGCCGCUAUCGGCGCCUCCCGCGCCGCUGUCGACGAAAAAAUGGCCGAUAAUUCGCUACAGGUUGGCCAGACGGGCAAAAACGUUGCACCUCAGCUUUAUUUGUGCGCCGGCAUCUCAGGUGCUAUCCAACAUUUGGCAGGUAUGAAGGAUAGUAAGGUCAUUGCUGCCAUCAACAAGGAUCCAGAUGCCCCUAUUUUCCAGGUUGCGGAUGUCGGGCUUGUAGGAGACUUGUUUGAGAAGGUUCCUGAGUUGACGGAGAAGUUGAAGAAGUGA